AUGCUGGCUACAUCCUACAAUCACUCAAUGGAGUCCCCUGCCACCUUCUUCCUCGUUGGCAUUCCAGGCUUGCAGUCUUCCUAUCUUUGGCUGGCCAUCUCAUUGAGCUCCAUGUACAGCAUAGCCCUCCUAGGAAACACCCUCAUUAUCACUGUGAUCUGCAUGGACUCCACUCUUCAAGAGCCCAUGUGCUUCUUUCUCUGUGUUCUGGCUGCUGUGGACAUUGUUAUGGCUUCCUCUGUGGUACCUAAGAUGCUGAGCAUCUUCAGCUUAGGAGGCAGCUCCAUCAGCUUUAAUGCCUGUUUCACUCAGAUGUACUUUGUCCACGCAGCCACAGCGGUGGAGACAGAGCUGCUACUGGCCAUGGCUUUUGAUCGCUAUGUGGCCAUCUGCAAGCCCCUACAUUAUAUGAGAAUCCUCACUCCUAACGUGAUGCUGGGGAUUAGUGUGACCAUCACCACUAGAGCUGUGAUGUUUAUGACUCCAUUGAGUUGGAUGUUGAGUCAUUUGCCUUUCUGUGGCUCCAAUGUAGUUCCACAUUCCUACUGUGAACACAUGGCUGUGGCCAAGUUAGCAUGUGCUGACCCCAUGCCCACCAGUCUCUACAGUUUGGUUUUUUCCUCCAUCAUUGUGGGCUCAGAUGUGGCCUUCAUUUCUGCCUCCUAUACUUUGAUCCUCAGGGCAGUGUUUGGUUUGUCAUCAAAGCAUGCCCAGCGGAAGGCGCUGAGUACAUGCGGCUCUCAUGUUGCGGUUAUGGCUCUGUACUAUCUCCCUGGGAUGGCGUCCAUCUAUGUAGCCUGGCUAGGGCAGGACAAAGUUCCGCUGCACACCCAAGUGUUGCUGGCUGACUUGUACCUGAUCAUUCCGCCCACCCUGAACCCUGUCAUUUAUGGUAUCAGGACCAAGCAGAUCCGGGAGCGGAUAUGGAGUCUGCUGAUACAGGGCUUCUCUCACCAGGCCACUCACGGUUCAUGAGCACAAAGCUUCCCAAACCUUAAGUUCCAGCCAACGGCUGUGAAAACUCUGAGAUUUAUGGACAUGGACUGGUUUACAGAUGCAGAGCCUCCUUGAAUAACACUUCAACUUCUCACUAGAGUUUGACAGAAGUGAUUAUAUUUCCUGGUGUCUUUAUUUAGCAUGCUACUAUAUUGAAAUUUGGGCAGAGCAUGAGUUUGUUAUUUUGUUUCUUUAUUUUAUUUUAAAUCUCUAUUCCUAUCUAAAAUCAUUCCCUCUGUUGAUGAAAGUUAGUUU